AUGAGUCCCAACAGUUGGGUAAUUGAAAUGGCAGCGCACAAGUCGCGUCUCCAAGUGCAGCCGCAACAGCGAAUCCUUUCGCCACAUCCGCAUGCGCUGGGCAACGAUGCAUUCGUACGAUCGCCAGAUGCGCCCGCCGGGAAUCCCGUUUUCGAGGAUAUUGGCACCAUAUUGUCGGUGCUGAAGGCGAGCGGUCUAUUGCCCAUUUACGAGCAGGUGUCCAGCUUUGAGGUGGGCCCGCCCACCAGGACCAAUGAGUUCUAUUCGUUUUUUGUGCGCGGCGUCGUCCAUGCACUGACCAUAUUCAAUAUCUACAGCCUGAUGACGCCCAACGGGGCCAAGCUGUUCAUCUCGCUGCGGGAGACGGACAAUGUGAAUCAGUGGAUCGAGUUGCUCCUCUGCAUUCUCACCUAUACGCUGACUGUUUUUGUUUGUGCCCGCAACACGAAAUGCAUUAUCCAAAUCAUGAACGAGAUCCUCAAGCUGGACCAGGAGGUGCUGCGCCAGUUUGGCGUUGCGCUAAGCAACAACUGCAAUUUCUCAAUCAAAUUUUUGUUGUUGAUUGCCGCCUGCCAGGCGUACAUUAUAUUUAUACGCAUCCAUGUGCUGGAUGGUGUCAUAACGCCCACCACCUACAUCCUGAUCGGGUUCUAUGCGAUCCAGAAUGGCCUGACGGCCACCUAUAUAGUGUUUGCCUCGGCCCUGUUGCGCAUCGUUUGCAUACGCUUUCAGUUUGUCAAUCGGCUGCUCAAUGGGUAUUCGUAUUCCCAGCUGCUGGGCAAGAGUCGACGCCAGCUGCAGUCGCACAUGGAAAGCUUUCCCGAGGAUUCACUAUUCAUUUAUCGGACACACAAUCGAUUGUUGCGCAUCUACAAGAGCAUCAACGAAUGCUGCAGCCUGAUAAUUGUCUGCUUUCUGGGCUACUCCUUCUACACGGUGACCACCAAUUGGUAUAAUCUAUUUGUCCAGAUCACCAACAACAAGGGCGUCAUCUCGUCCCACAUAAUGCAAUGGUGCCUCGCCUGGCUGUGCUUGCACACCUCCCUGUUGACCCUCUUGUCGCGUAGUUGUGGUGCCACCACCAACGAGGCCAAUAUCACAUCACAAAUACUGGCGCGAGUCUAUGGCAAGAGCAAGGAGUUUCAAAAUAUUAUUGACAAAUUUCUGACCAAGAGCAUUAAACAGGAGGUACAAUUCACGGCAUAUGGUUUCUUUGCCAUAGACAACUCGACGCUCUUUAAGAUCUUUUCAGCUGUCACCACGUAUUUGGUUAUUUUGAUACAAUUUAAACAGCUCGAGGAUUCGAAAUUGGAGGAACAAUUACAGGAUACGAGCUAAAUUUAAAUUUAUAUACUGUUUAAAUUUAUUAGCUAUAUUUAUUACCAUUACAAAUCUUACGCAAAUUGAACUAGCUGCAUAUAUUCAUUUAUAUAUAUACUCGAUAGUUCGACAAAUUAAGCGCACAAAAC